AUGGGUGCAUACAAAUACAUCCAUGAGCUAUGGAGGAAGAAGCAGUCCAACAUGAUGUGCUUUCUUCUGAGGGUCCACUGCUGGCAAUACUGCCAGCUCUCUGUGCUGCACAGGGCUCCCUGCCCCACCGGGCCUGAUAAAGCGCAAAGACUAGGAUACAGGGCAAAGCAAGGUUAUGUCAUUUACAGGAUUCCUGUCUGGCGUGGUGGUCACAAACGCCCGGUUCCUAAGGGUGCAACUUACGGCACACCAGUCCACCAUGGAGUUAACCAGCUGAAAUUUGCCCAAAACCUUCAGUCUGUUGCUAAGGAGAGAGCUGGGUGCCAUUGUGGGGCUUUGAGAGUCCCGAAUUCCUACUGGGUUGGUGAAGAUUCCACAUAUAAAUUUUUUGAAGUUAUCCUCAUUGAUCCAUUCCAUAAAGUUAUCAGAAGAAAUCCUGACACCCAGUAGAUCACCAAACCAGUCCACAAGCACAGAGAGAUGCGUGGGCUGAC